AUUUGGCUUUUGGUACAUUACAUUCAUUAAAAGUACUAUGUGAAUCUAGUCAUAUCUUCUUAGACGGCACUUUUAAGUCAUGUCCGCCACCAUUUGCACAACUAUACUCUAUUCAUUGUUAUUCAUCGAUCUUAAAUGGUACUACUCCAGUCUUAUAUUCUCUAUUACCAAACAAAACGAAAAAUCUUUACACAUUAUUUCUCAAUGAUUUAAGAACUGCUGCUGUUAAAUAUGAUUUGGUUUUUAUCCAUAAUUCGUCACUCUCGAUUUCGAACAAGGUGCUAUUAGCGGAUUUAAAAAAUGUUUUUCCCAAUACAACAAUUAAAGGUUGUAAUUUCCAUUACAACCAGUGUAUUUUCAAGAAGAUUCAAGAUUUAGGUUUACAAAAAGAUUAUUAUGAAAUCUAUUAA